AUGCCGGCAGAAAUACAAGGGAUCAAGUCCCAGGACGUCCACGCCAAGAUCCGCCUCCUGAUCGACGGCAUGGUCAGCAUCAAUGACAAGACAGGGAAAUUUCUCCUCAGGCUCGAAGACGGCCGUGUCAUCGACACAAAAGGCUGGAAUGAUUGGGAAUGGACACACGGCGUGGGUCUCUACGGGCUAUGGCAGUACUACGAGCUCACAGGCGACGCCGCCUACCUCGAGAUCAUCGAGUCCUGGUUCGCAGCCCGGUUCGCGGCGGGGGGCACCACCAAGAACAUCAACACGAUGGCUGUGUUCCUGACCCUCGCCUACGUCUACGAGCGCACUGGGAACUCGACCUACCUGCCCUGGCUCGACAGCUGGGCCGAGUGGGCGUACCGGGACCUCGAGCGCACCCGCUUCGGCGGCAUGCAGCACGUCACCUACGUUUCGCUCCAUGACCAGCAGCUGUGGGACGACACCCUCAUGAUGACUGUCUUGCCCCUCGCCAAGAUCGGGCUGGUCCUGGGCAGGCCGCACUAUGUGGCCGAGGCCAAGAGGCAGUUCCUCCUGCACCUGCAGUACCUCUUCGACCCCAAGACAGGCUUGUUCUACCAUGGCUGGGAGUUUUACAAGCCAGGAAGUAGUGAGGCUGCUGCUGCUGCUGCACAGGGCCACAAUUUUGCCGAGGCGAGGUGGGCCAGAGGCAAUAGCUGGCUUACCAUCGUCAUCCCCGAGUUUCUCGAGCUCCUCGAUCUCGAUGUCACGGCUGACCCCAUCGGCAUACACCUGCGCAACGUCCUGGAGGCCCAGUGCUCCGCCCUGUCCUCGCUCCAGGAUUCCUCGGGUCUCUGGCGGACACUCCUGGAUGUUCCCGAGAGCGAGGGCUCGUAUCUCGAGGCGAGUGCCACGGCGGGGUUUGCCUUUGGGCUCCUCAAGGGGCGGCGGAAGCGCUAUCUGGACCCCUCGGCCUCCUCGUACGAUGAGGUGGCGUUAAAAGCCAUCGAGGGGAUUCUGCAGAAUGUGGACGAGAGCGGCGAGCUGUUGAAGACAUCCUUCGGCACAGCAAUGGGAAACACCCUCCAGCAUUAUAAAGACAUCCCUGUUACAAGCAUGCCGUAUGGACAAGCUAUGGCCAUCAUGGCAUUGGUUGAAUUUCUUCGGCGGUAUCUGUAGAUUCUCCACUACUUUAGCAUUGAAACGCGAGCUGAGAGGAGCACGGCGACUUGCACAAAAAUCCUAUAAAAGGAGGAGGGAGGAGGAUCUGGGUGCAGGAUGACUGAGGAACUUUAGACCACGGCCGAAGGACAUAGAAAUUUAAUCAGGAUGGCAUCUUCUUGAGAAUGAUAGACACCAUAUAGAUUCAAAGAGAGAACGAACACAACAUUGAACCU